GGCGUGCACCACCGCCGCCCAGUGACUGAAGGGAUCUGACACCCACUUGCGGGCUCCGAGAGCACCAGGCACACAUGCAGUGUACAGACAAACAUGCAUGAGAAGUAUCCACACACAUAGAAACGAACAAACAAACAGACAAGCUAUCCUCCUGCCUCUGCCUCCCAAAUGCUGAAAUUGCAUGUAUGAGCUCCUAGGCCUGGUUUCAUGACUUGUGUACAGAGAAGUCCUUGUGUGUUUGUUCGUUUGUUUUGGUAGCCCGGGCUGGCUUUGAUCCUCUUGUCUCUUCCUUGGUAGUGUUGGGAUCACAGGCAUUUGGCUCCACGCCACAAGGGAUGUGGCGUCACCAUCAGCUCACACGGCUUUUCCGUUUGGGUGUUUCCCCUCCUGUCUUCCAGCCACGGGUACCCCCAGCACCCUGGCCCUGUGUGGCCGGCGCUCUAUGCGAAAGCGUCUUUCUGCCCCAGAACUGCAGCUGAAGCUGACUGAGGGAGCCGGGGACACUGGAGCGUCUCCCGCCCACUCGGACUCUUCCUCUUCCGGUGGCAGCCUGGACCUGGAGGUGGAUGAGCUGGAGACGCCUUCAGACUCUGAGCAGCUGGACAGUGGACAUGAAUUUGAAUGGGAAGAUGAUUUGCCCCGAGCAGAAGGCCUGGGGGCCAGUGAGGCAGCUGAAAGGCUGGGCCGGGGUUGCGUGUGGGACGUGGCUGGAGAAGACGGUCAUCGCUGGAGGGUGUUCCGAACAGGACAGCGAGAGCAGCGAGUGGACAUGACCAUCAUCGAGCCCUACAAGAAAGUGCUGUCUCAUGGAGGUUACCAUGGUGAUGGCCUCAAUGCUGUCAUCCUCUUCGCUUCCUGCUACCUCCCCCGAAGCAGCAUUCCCAACUACACCAAUGUCAUGGAACACUUGUUCAGGUAUAUGGUGGGAACUUUGGAGCUGCUGGUAGCUGAAAAUUAUCUGCUUGUCCACUUGAGUGGAGGCACAAGCAGGGCCCAAGUGCCACCCCUGGGCUGGAUACGCCAGUGUUACCGCACCCUGGAUAGGAGGCUUCGGAAAAACCUUCGAGCCCUGGUGGUUGUCCACGCCACGUGGUAUGUGAAGGCGUUCCUGGCACUGGUUCGGCCCUUUAUCAGUUCCAAGUUCACACGAAAGAUCCGAUUUCUGGACAGCCUUGGGGAGCUGGCCCAACUCAUCUCCCUAGACCAAGUCCACAUCCCUGAAGUUGUCAGACAGCUGGACCAGGAUCUCCACGGCUCAAGAGGCACUUAACUGGAACUGGACAAAGGGCCGUAGAAGCAGGCCAAGAUGGCGAUCGCUCUGCACACUGGAGCUGUUCCGUAAACCAUCUCAUCCUGAACUAGGCCCCCACCCCCGUUCCACUGGAUCCUCGCUUCCCGGCGGAUACCCUCUUCUGGACACUGCCUUCAAGCUGGGUUUUGAGGGUGGGAACCCCAUACAUGGGGUGGCUUGCAUUUUGGCAUUUCAGGAAGGAAGAGGUGGUGUGGCCACGGAAGUGCAGAGCUCUGGGUUUUAAUUCUGCUUUAACUAUAAAACGUGUGGGUCUCGGUUUUCUUCUCUGUAAUCAAAACCUCUGGGAUCCUUCCCGUCUUGGUCAUCUUAGCGGUCUUUUGAGGGGAGGUGGCGGGAAGGUGAAGGCUUAUAACCAACAACCACAGCCAGCCUGUCUGCUGGAUCCCAGGAGCCAGCUUGCAAAAUCUCGAAGAGCCAACCCCUUCUUAGUCUGCUGCCUGUGAUCCUGGGAAGGACUGCUGUCAUAGCCUGUUUUCACCCUUGUUAGUAAAUUCAGACCUGUGGCCUUUAAUAAACCGUGAUGAGAGAUUGAAGUCGAA